AUGGUGGAGAGGAGAAUACAGGAGGUCCUCGGCCAGUCUCAAAAGGAGACCAACCAGAGACUCCAGAGGAUGGAGGAUUUGAUCCGGUCCUUGGUCGGGGGCGGGGCCCGUAAUAGCGGCCCUGCAACGGGCCCCUCCGACCCUCGAAAGGGAGGAGGGGGCGCCGUGAGGGACCGCCCGGUUCCCGGGGCCGGAUCAAAAGGGGCUAAGGAGCCUCCCGAGAGGACCGCGAAUGCUGUGGAGGGGGGGUCCAAGAGGAAGAGGAAGAAGAAGGCCCCCCUCUCGCAGCAGACGCAAGGCGUCGAGGAGACAGGGGUCUCUCUUGGGCGAGACGCCAAGUCCUCCCAGCCCGCCGCGGGGGCUGUGACCUACGCGGCGGUAGUUGCGAGGAAAAGUAAGGCGGCAUGGAAAUCCGCCAAAGGAGUCCCCAGGGCGGCCGCCCCCAGUGCCCCAGUAAAAGGGCAAGCUGGCGGCCCGCCCAAAAAGACUCCGAGGAGAAGGCUCCCCCGCACGUCGGCCGUGGUCAUCACGCGUCCCGACGGGGACUACUGUGAGGCCAUGGCCAGACUGCGGCGAGAGGUCAAAUUGGAAGACCUUGGCAUCGGUGGCCUGGUCAGCAUAAGAUCGGGCGCCACCGGUGCCAAGGUCAUUGAAGUGUCCGGGGAGGGCCACGCCGACAAGGCCGACCUCCUCGCGGGGCACAUCACGCGGGUCUUCCUCGGGGAAGAAGGAACGCGGGUGGACCGUCCAAGGAGGAUGGCCGAGGUACGCCUGCGCGACCUCGACGACUCCUUGGACGUCGAAGAGGUGAAGGGGUGGGUUGCAGAGGCUGUGCGGUGUGGCGCCUCCGACAUGCAGUGCGGAGCGCUGCAGCCAACCGCUGGAGGAAAGCACAGCCUCUGGAUGCGCCUGCCCCUCACCGCGGCGAGGGAGAUGUCCCUUAAGGGGCGUAUCCGGGUCGGAUGGGGAACGGCCAGAGUGGACCUUCUCGAGGCGCGGCCUAUGCGCUGUCAUAGCUGCCUCGAGAGGGGCCACGUAAGAUCAACCUGCCCCGGCGAGGUUGAUAGGAGCGGGAGGUGUUACCGGUGCGGUGAAACCGGUCACGUCUCCCGCGAUUGCCGGUCUGCCCCUAAGUGCCCGCUGUGCACGGACAAGGGCAGACCGGCGACGCACGUUCUGGGCGCAAAGACUUGCGCCCAGAAAAAUGCCAACGUGAACCACUCUCCACAUGCGCAGGAGCUCCUCCAGCAAAGCAUGAUGGAGAGGGGGUUCACGUUGGCGAUCGUGUCCGAGCCCCACCGCGCCCCAGAAAACAGCCCAUAUUGGGCUGUUGGGCUGGCGCGGGACUCGGUCGCGAUCCGAUGGCGGUCGGUGCCGGGAGGACCCGGCAUGACCGUCAUCGAACGAGGGGACCGGCACGUUGCUGUGCAAUGGGGGCGCAUCGCGGUCGUGGGGACUUAUUUGAGGCCCACCAGACGCCUCGCCCCGUUUGAGGACUGGCUUUCGGACAUUGGGCAGACGCUCAUACGCCUGAGUCCGAGGCCGGUCCUCGUGGCCGGGGCCUUCAAUGCGUGGCAUACAAAUUGGGGUUCCCGGCGCACGAACGGGAGGGGCAAGGCGCUGGCGAGAUGGGCGGCGAUGCACGGACUGGUCCUCGUGAACGAGGGCCGGAACCCCACCUGCGUGCGGACGCAGGGGGAGUCCAUUGUGGAUAUCACAUGGGCUACCCCCUCGGCCAUGCGCUUGAUCACCAG